UAGCAGCCCUCAGAAUGAGGUGGCAGUUAGAGUAAAACAGUUGAGUAGGGAUGGGAAACAAAUUUAUUUUAGCGCUUGGCACAUGACGACUAAGUAUGAAAUGGGAAGGAGAAGGAGACUGGGAGCCCUGGGAAUUGUUUUCUGACUUAAAAGUACUCAAAGGGGCCUGGUUAACAUCAUGAUGGAGACACACAAGGACUAGAACAUAAUUCUGGAAGUGCAAAUUCCUAUUGGGCAGUAUUCAGUCUAGCUUUUGUUAUUAGGGUUCCUAUCUUCUGAGUCAUUUCCAGCCACCCGAAGGACGGAUCUGCUGGGGUUUUUAAUCCAGUGCUUCAGCACUGUGGUUGACUGAUACGGAGAAAAUGGCAUCUUGUGGCUGAAAGAGGUGGAAGAGGCUGACUGGAGAGUCUCUAGGAAGAUGGCUUCCCCCUGGCUAGGCCAGCAAUCUCUUGGUUCAGAGGCUGUAGCCAUGAAUAAUAAAGGCUUUCGACGAGGGAGUUUUCAGGGCAGCACCAGUGAUGAAGACAUGGUGGAGAUAGCAGGAAGAGCUCUGGAUUUCUCCAUCACAGAUGAUGAUCCCCCGCUGGAUAGAGAGAUGUUGGGAGGGUUCUCCUUAUACAAUGGAGGAGGGAUGAAUGGCACAAGCCAGAUGAUGGAUUUUCUGGAGGAACCUCUGCCUGGUGUGGGUACCUAUGAAGAUUUCAAUACUAUCGAUUGGGUGAGAGAAAAGUCCAGAGACCGGGACAGGCACAGAGAGAUUGCUAGUAAAAGUAAAGAGUCAACAUGGGCCCUGAUUCAUAGCGUGAGCGAUGCCUUCUCUGGUUGGCUGUUGAUGCUCCUCAUAGGGCUGUUAGCAGGUUCUCUAGCUGGUCUGAUAGACAUCUCUGCCCACUGGAUGACAGAUCUGAAAGAAGGGCUGUGUCUGUCAGGCUUCUGGUUUAACCAUGAACACUGCUGCUGGAACUCCAAUGAGACAACCUUUGAGGAUAGGGAUAAGUGCCCAGAGUGGGAGAGCUGGUCACAACUUAUAAUUGGCCAUGGAGAGGGGGCAUUUGCAUACAUUCUCAAUUACUUCAUGUAUGUUCUCUGGGCCCUGGUAUUCUCUCUCCUUGCAGUGUUGCUGGUCAGGGGAUUUGCACCUUAUGCCUGUGGCUCAGGAAUCCCAGAGAUCAAAACGAUCUUGAGUGGUUUCAUCAUAAGAGGCUAUUUGGGCAAGUGGACCCUGAUAAUCAAAACUGUUACCUUGGUGUUGGCAGUAUCGUCUGGCUUAAGUUUGGGGAAAGAGGGCCCCUUGGUGCAUGUAGCUUGCUGUUGUGGAAACAUCUUGUGUCACCUUUUCACCAAAUACAGGAAAAAUGAGGCCAAGCGCAGAGAGGUUUUGUCAGCUGCUGCUGCUGCUGGUGUGUCCGUAGCUUUUGGUGCACCAAUUGGAGGGGUAUUGUUUAGUCUGGAAGAGGUGAGUUAUUAUUUUCCCCUCAAGACACUGUGGAGAUCUUUCUUUGCUGCCCUGGUAGCAGCGUUCACCCUGCGCUCCAUCAACCCUUUUGGAAAUAGCCGCCUGGUUCUGUUUUACGUGGAGUUUCACACACCUUGGCAUCUUCUGGAGCUUGUGCCAUUCAUCCUUUUGGGAAUCUUUGGUGGUCUUUGGGGAUCUUUCUUUAUUCGCAGCAACAUUGCCUGGUGCAGAAGACGUAAGACAACCAAGCUUGGCAAGUAUCCUGUGCUGGAGGUGCUUGUUGUGACUGCCAUCACAGCUGUUCUGGCUUUCCCCAAUGAGUAUACCCGUAUGAGCACCAGUGAGCUGAUUUCUGAGCUGUUCAAUGACUGUGGGCUCCUGGAUUUCUCCAAGCUCUGCGAGUACGUGAAUGACUUCAACAGCACCACGGGGGAUGUUCUGCCGGACCGAGCUGCUGGCCCAGGAGUCUACACAGCUAUGUGGCAGCUGGCUUUGGCCCUUAUCCUAAAAGUCUUCAUCACCAUAUUCACUUUUGGCAUGAAGGUCCCUUCAGGUCUCUUCAUUCCCAGCAUGGCAGUUGGUGCCAUAGUAGGCAGACUACUAGGAGUAGGAAUGGAGCAGCUGGCUUAUUAUCACCAUGACUGGACUAUCUUCAGUGGCUGGUGCAGUCAGGGGGCUGAUUGCAUUACUCCUGGCCUUUAUGCAAUGGUUGGUGCUGCAGCAUGUCUAGGUGGAGUAACUCGUAUGACUGUGUCGCUGGUGGUUAUUAUGUUUGAGCUUACUGGUGGACUGGAAUACAUUGUUCCUCUAAUGGCUGCAGCCAUGACUAGCAAGUGGGUGGCAGAUGCGAUUGGACGGGAGGGCAUCUAUGAUGCCCAUAUUCGUCUCAAUGGCUACCCCUUCCUAGAAGCCAAGGAGGAGUUCUCGCACAAAACUCUCGCCAUGGAUGUAAUGAGACCCCGUCGGAAUGACCCUGUUCUGACUGUCAUCACACAGGACAGCAUGAUGGUAGAGGAUGUAGAGGCCAUAAUCAAUGAAACCACUUACAGCGGCUAUCCGGUGGUGGUGUCCCGGGAGUCCCAGAGGCUGGUCGGAUUUGUCCUCCGGCGAGAUCUCAUCAUUUCAAUUGAAAAUGCCCGGAAGAAGCAGGAUGGAAUUGUGAGCACUUCAAUUAUUUAUUUCACUGACCACUCUCCUCCGCUGCCUCCAAGCUCCCCAUCCAUGCUCAAACUCAGGAGCAUCCUGGACCUCAGUCCAUUCACAGUGACAGACCAAACGCCCAUGGAGAUAGUUGUGGAUAUAUUCCGCAAGCUGGGACUGCGCCAGUGCCUCGUCACUCACAAUGGGAAAUUACUUGGGAUCAUUACCAAAAAGGAUGUAUUAAAGCACAUUGCACAGAUGGCUAAUCAAGACCCAGAUUCCAUACUCUUCAAUUAAAAACAGACUAAUAAGUAUUGGGUGUUUAACACAAAAAUGAAACUUUAUGAAAGACUAUGGAUUUUCUCUUCUAUUUUUAUUAAGAAACUGGAGCGAUCUUCAGAGUUUUCCUGUAUGGAGCUGAAGAUAAUCAUGUUUUUUCUACAAAAUAACCAAUUGCACUACAUAAUCUGUGGAAAUUAAUCUUCUCUUUAGAAGAAAAGACUUUUAUAAUAAUGCUUUUGUGAAGUUGCAUUGGAAAGAUUCCAUGAAGGAGUAAAAGCAAAAUGCUACAGAAUUA